GUUUAUCUUCUGCGACGAGAAUUGCAGACCUCUAGUUUCUCUCUCUCUCUCUCUAGGAUGCCGCUUCUUCAUGCUCAGUCAUGGCGGCAACCUUCAUUUCAGGGCAGAGCUUCGUUGCCGAGAAGAGGCAAGUCUAGAGAAUCGCUCCUAUCGGAGGAGUUUCUUCAACCACAAGCUUCCAUCUUCACCUCCAAGCCUCUCGGGAUACGAAGAUCGAAAUGGGAACCUCAGAAAGUCUCUGUUUCAAGAUCACUUGUAGUUAAAGCUACUUCUGCUCAAGCCAGUAAUGGUGUGAGAGUAACAGAAACAGCUGAGAAAGACGUGUUGAAGGCGCUGUCUCAAAUCAUCGACCCUGAUUUCGGAACAGACAUAGUUUCCUGUGGCUUUGUGAAAGACUUGGAAAUUGAUGAAGCUCUUGGGGAGGUUUCCUUUCGUCUGGAGCUGACAACACCGGCAUGUCCAGUCAAGGACAUGUUUGAGCAGAAGGCAAAUGAGGUAGUUGAAGCUCUUCCUUGGGUCAAGAAGGUCAGUGUGACCAUGUCAGCUCAACCAGCCAAGCCCAUGUUUGCCGGGAAUCUCCCUCCGGGAUUAGCAAGAAUUUCAAACAUUGUGGCUGUUUCAAGUUGUAAGGGGGGUGUUGGGAAAUCAACAGUAGCUGUAAAUCUUGCAUAUACUUUGGCCGGAAUGGGAGCCAGAGUUGGUAUCUUCGACGCUGAUGUCUAUGGUCCAAGUUUACCGACCAUGGUCAAUCCUGAGAACCGGCUCUUGGAAAUGAACCCUGAGAAGAGGACCAUAAUUCCAACAGAAUACUUGGGGGUCAAGCUGGUCUCAUUUGGAUUUGCCGGGCAAGGACGUGCCAUAAUGCGAGGUCCUAUGGUUUCCGGGGUCAUAGACCAACUCCUAACCACAACCGAGUGGGGAGAGCUGGAUUAUCUUGUUAUUGAUAUGCCUCCUGGAACUGGAGACAUUCAACUCACGCUAUGCCAGGUUGUGCCUUUGACAGCUGCUGUUAUUGUCACCACUCCUCAGAAGUUAGCCUUCAUUGAUGUUGCCAAAGGUGUACGGAUGUUCUCAAAGCUCAAGGUGCCUUGUGUUGCUGUUGUGGAGAAUAUGUGCCACUUUGAGGCUGAUGGAAAACGAUAUUACCCUUUCGGAAGAGGUUCGGGUUCUCAGGUUGUCCAGCAAUUCGGCAUACCCCAUCUCUUUGACCUUCCCAUUCGACCAACGUUAUCCGCUUCUGGAGAUAGCGGAACCCCUGAAGUGGUGACUGAUCCUCUAGGAGAAGUCUCCAGAACAUUCCAGGAUCUCGGUGUAUGUGUAGUGCAACAAUGUGCAAAGAUACGCCAGCAAGUCUCAACAGCUGUGAUGUACGACAAGUCUCUCAAGGCCAUUAGAGUGAAAGUCCCAAACUCAGAUGAAGAAUUCUUACUGCAUCCUGCAACUGUCAGAAGAAACGACCGAUCUGCUCAGAGUGUGGAUGAAUGGACUGGAGAGCAAAAGGUUCAAUAUGGGGAUAUACCAGAAGAUAUCGAACCCGAAGACAUACGGCCGAUGGGAAACUACGCCGUCUCCAUAACCUGGCCCGACGGGUUCAGCCAGAUUGCCCCAUAUGAUCAGCUGGAAACAAUGGAACGGUUGGUUGAUGUUCCUCCCUUGUCUCCACUCGAAGUCUGAAGCUUAACAAAAACGACACUUUGUUGCCGGUUCGAAGGUGAAUUCCUGAAUCUCCAAGGGUGAAGGAAGAUGGAAUUUCUGUACAUGUAGAUUUUUGAAUCUGGGUCACAUUCAUUUUCCGACAUGAACAUGUGUGGUAAUAAUAAUCUUGAAGAGGAUCUUGUGAUUGAUAUUAAGUCUCAUUA